UCUUCGGAGCUCAGCAUCCUUGUUGGCACACCGUCUGAUGUCUAGCUUUAACACCAUUUAUGACAACAAGUCAAGCCCGCCCUUCUCUCUAAGAGACACAUUUUCAAAACCUUGAAGAUGAGUCCUUUUAUACGAGAUCUCACAGGUCUUUUAUCUUAAACAUGCCAUCUCAAACGGUGUUGCCUCCCUUGUAAAUUUAUUAAGUGGGUUAAAAAUAGGAAUAUUGAAGCGAUAGAGAUUCGAAACCGAGACUGGAAAAGAGUACUGAAACAACAAAUAAAGUAAGUGGUCAAAGGCCUGUGUCUGUACGUAGAAGCAAGUUAGAUUGACCAUCAGCAGUCCAUAUGUAACCCACAUGACAACACACCCACCCACCUCCAUCAUAUCUCACAAAUCCAUGGCUUCCCAUCAAACUUCACUCCAGCGCCUCUUAUCACCUCCGUCUAAAAUGGAUCUCCACCGUAGAACCCAACCCACCACCCCCGCCGCCGCCACCGCUGUCUCUCCACACCCAACAUCACCAAAACUAGAUCCCACAACCCCUUUAUCCGACUCAGACAACUUGUCAAAAUCACACCCACCUUCUCCAAAAGUCGUUCCUGUAUCUCUUCACUCCAACCCCAAAAUGGUCGGCCCCAGAACAGUCCAUAAACUAGCCAAAAAACCCAACGAAACCCCUCGCCAGCACUCCACCACUGAGAAAUUCAAUGAUUCUGAAGAGAAAUUCGAACGCAUGAUCAACUGUAUCACCACCAAAGAAAGGGAAAUGAAACAGCUCCUAGUAGACCACCAACAUCUCACUCGCAGGCUCUCUGUUUCUCUGUCUUCUUCACGGAGUGGAAGAAGAAAAUCAAUCUGUGGCUCACAGAUUCAGCUAGCAGAGUUGUUCGCCAACAAUGGGGUCAAAGUGGUUUCCGCCGAUAUGCCGCCAUUUAUGCAGAUCCACGCCGUCGAUUGCGCUAGAAAGGCCCACGACAGUAUGCAAAACUUCACUUCCAAAUCGCUGGCGUUGAGUCUCAAACAGGAAUUCGAUGGGUCAUACGGGCCGGCAUGGCACUGUAUUGUGGGGAAAAGUUUUGGAUCAUUUGUGACACAUUCAGUGGGUGGAUUCCUGUAUUUUUCCCUGGCUCAAAAGCUUUACAUUCUGCUCUUCAAAACCACUGUACUAAGAGCCAAUUAGAAAUAAUACUGAAUCACUGACCACGCUUUGUUCCAACAAUCUUCAUAUCAUCUUCUUUUGUUUA